AUGCCAAGAGACCGCCAUGCCAUGGCCUGCGAUGGUCAACAACGACGACGUGCAGCAACUAUCGACACCUUCUUUCCCAUUCAAGCUUCAACGACCGUGGCAGAUGAAGUUGCCGACGUUGCCGCCAGUGCCCAACCGCCCGUGACCGCAGAAAGAGCCCCAUCGCCUUCGGCUGCGAGCACGCAGGCGCCAUCAUCGCUCCUUCCAUGCCCUCGACCUCCACCAGGUGUUCCCCUGCCGAUCAAUUUAGGAGUGCCAAACGAACCCCUCACAUUUGCUCGGUUUGCCGUGGCCCUGCCAUCAACCACAAGCGCAAUUGGUGUCCUGUUAAGCAAAAACCUCGAGGGAAACUGGCAGCCGCGUCUGCUGUGUCUGCCUCUGCUGCCUCUGCUGCCUCUGCUCCCUCUGUUGCCUCUGCCGCAUCUGCCGCCAUUUCUCAACUUCAUCAAAGCAAUUCCAAUUUGUAACGAUCGAGGCAGAAAUCUGCACGAACUAUGA